UUGAAAAUGGGGUUGUCUUUCACCAAGCUAUUCAGCCGGCUGUUUGCCAAGAAAGAGAUGCGUAUACUUAUGGUAGGCCUUGAUGCUGCGGGUAAGACUACCAUUCUGUACAAGCUCAAGCUUGGAGAGAUUGUCACCACCAUUCCCACCAUUGGGUUUAAUGUGGAAACUGUGGAAUAUAAGAAUAUCAGCUUCACUGUUUGGGAUGUUGGGGGCCAGGACAAGAUCCGUCCUUUGUGGAGACAUUACUUCCAAAAUACACAAGGACUUAUUUUUGUGGUUGAUAGCAAUGACAGGGACCGUGUUGUUGAAGCUAGGGAUGAGCUGCAUAGGAUGCUGAAUGAGGAUGAGUUGAGAGACGCCGUGCUUUUAGUUUUUGCAAACAAGCAAGAUCUUCCAAAUGCUAUGAAUGCUGCCGAGAUAACUGAUAAGCUUGGUCUUCAUUCUCUCCGUCAGCGUCACUGGUAUAUCCAGAGCACAUGUGCCACAUCUGGUGAAGGGCUUUAUGAAGGACUUGACUGGCUCUCAAACAACAUUGCAAACAAGGCAUAGAGAUUUACUAGUUAAAGAGUGCAAAAGUUGAGUAAUUGAGUUUUACCUUAGCGUUUGUGAUCUCCAGCGUCAGAUUUUCUUGCCUUUCUUAGAUUUUCAUUCCUUGAGCAUGUAUUAUUUGUUUUGGAAAAAGACAGCCGUCUAUUACUGAAGAAUAAUUUGAAUGUAUAACCAAAUAGCAUUGUUUACCCUUUGAUUUGUGAAUUCAAUUGAAUUAUUUAAA